AUGACUAAGGAUGACUAUCCUGGGACUAGGUAUGCAGCGACCAAGAAUGGUUGGAUGGAAACCGAUGUAUUUGAGAGAUUUUUUGAAAAAGUGUUUUUGCCGACAGUGGGUCAAAAACGACCGAUAUUACUAAUAUAUGAUGGCCACUCAACCCAUGUAGGAUUAAACAUAAUAGAAAAAGCACGUGAAGCGGACAUCACUAUUUUGAAAAUCCCAGCACACACCAGCGACAAUCUGCAGCCGCUAGAUUUGGCAGUAAAUAAGUCUUUUAAGGACAAGUGGGAUCAGGCCCUUGUAAAGUGGCAAAGAUUGCAUGUGGGUGAAGUGAUGCCAAAAAAAGACUUCUCAAAGCUUAUUGGCGAAAUUUGGGCUCAAGUAGAUCCUAAAGUUUGUGUUGCUGGGUUUCGCAAAGCUGGUAUUUAUCCUUUUAACAAUAAAGCAGUGCCAGAAGAAAAAUUUCACCCAGACCAACUUGCGAAAUAUAAAAAACAGCUUUGCCAAUCCAAUGAACCUCAAACUCAAGACCAAAGUACUCAGCCAACUCCUGGCCCAUCAUGGGCCAAAGAAUUAUCCAAGAAUGAAACUGAGACUCCACCCGUGAGCAACACAAGUAUCGGUGUUCCAUCGUCAUUACCUUCAUUAAUUUCCAUCUGUUUGAAAAAAGUAAAUGAUCAUGAUAAAAAAUGCUUAUCUGUAAAAGACAAACACCAUUCUGACGCCGAAACUGCUGAAACUACACAGUCUAAUGAUUUCAAUGCUAAAAAAAUUACUAUUAUAGAUGAUCGCCUAGUAAAGUGUAAGUAUACUUUUGAAGAAUUGUUGCUUCAGAAAAUAAAAUCAGGAUCACCACAUAACAAAGAAAAACGUACAAAAGUUCCUUGCGGUGCCGAAGUAAUUACAAGUGAAGAAGUAUUUAAAAAGCAAAAACAUACUGAAGAAGAAAAGAUGAAAAGAAAUAAAGAAAAAGAGGAAAGAAUAAAAAAAAAUGGAGAAAAAAUUAUUAAAAGACAUAAAUAUAAAAACUAG